AUGAACGGGGCUGGGCCUAGCAACCGUCCUGCCAAGCGUCAGAAAACAGGUGAUGACUACAUCAAUCGGCUCGUCGGCCGUGUGAACAAGGAGGAGGGUAUGGAUGUCGAGUGGGGCAAGUCUCGCUACCACGUCCCGCACCAGUGGGUGUACAACUUCAAGCACACCAAGGAUCCCAAGGGUGGUAGCCGCAGACAGGCGAAGAUGUGGCCGCACGACACGCCUGAAGGAGAGGAUUACAGGAAGCUGGUGCCUAUCACGACCCCAGACAAGCUGCGAGACUAUAUGAGCCUUGCAAGGCGCAACAAACGGCCAGAGGCAGACAGUUACGAUGCGUACCUUGCACGGAUAGCAGGCGCCUCUCGUUCCGCGAAACCCGUGCAGAACAAGGGGAACCGAGCUCAAAGUGCCCCCCGCUUUUCGAACCCCGUGCAGAACAGGGAUUGCGAGAAGGAGGGCUCAAAUGCGGGGAUCCCACCAAGGUCAGUAAACAAUUCGCAAUCGAAUGCGAGUUGGAUCGAUCCUGAUGAAGGGGAGUUCAACAAGCGGAAGCUAGUGAGUGAGGUCAACCAAGCUCUCAUGAACGAGAACAAGACGGGGCUCCCCCAUGACUUUCAAGCAGUACAAGAUGGGCUUCGCAAAGAGAGACAAGCCGAGAUCGACCAACUCCGAAACGAGUUUAGGUCCACCCCUAACGUGAAGAAGAAGCGCACCAUCCUUGCCAGGCUGCGGCCACUAGGGGACAAUAUCGAAAACUUGCUUCGAGAUCCCAGCCUGACCAACAACAACCGCGCCAUGUUCACCCCAAACAAGGGUCUGAUAGUGCAGAGGGGUCGCGAUCGUGUGCUGUCUUGGCUGGAUGCUCCGGCCAAUUCCAGGCCAAUGCAGAGCCAGCGGCGGAUAACACCCACACCAAUCCCAAGACCGAACCAGGCAAACAAUCAAACCAACAGGAAAGGCAAACGGAGAAUCAAUAACAUCUAA